AUGGUCAGGCUGUAUUCUCACGCUCCAGCACCCGCACGGGUGAAUAAGACGGAUAUCACACGGAGCAGAAAUGGAUGCGCCCGAUGUCGCAGCAAGAGAAGAAAGUGUGAUGAGAAAAGGCCCCUCUGCAGCCGCUGCAUAUCAGCCGGAACCGACUGCGAAUAUACCUCGAUGGCCCUUAAAUUCCGAGAGGCCACACAAUGGGCCGCCGAUAAAGUUGACCAUCGCAUUGCAAGCCUUUCAUCUAACGACAGGCGUUGUUCAAGACAAGUCCGAAGCUCUCCUCCAAACAGAACGCCUCCUACACAUGUACAUCUACGAAAAACUUCUCGGGCAGUCGAUACGUCGUGUAAUGAGCAGUCUCAGUCUCACUCUCCGCCUCUACAAACUGCCUCACGUCUGACAGAGCAGCAAUGUGAUGAUACGAUCAUGGCUGCGACUGGUUCCACGACGAGCAAUAAUAGCGGUGCUUGGGAGCAUGUCUUGUACAAUCAGAGCCUCGAGCUAGGUAAUUCGGAUGCCAACACCGAUUAUUUUGACUUCGACAUGGGAAUGGGCCAGUUGGGUUGUCCAGACAGUGAUUUCAUUGACGAUUUUGUCGGGAUCCAGUUCAACAUGGACGAUAUAAGUAUGGCGCAACUUCCAUGGGAGCCCCCAAUAUCCCAACCUGAACAACCAUUGAGAGAACAGCAGACGGAGGAGGGUCGAGAAAAGAGAGCUGUCACUGCCACCGCAACUCUACCUCAAGUUCAACAAAUAACGCCAGGUCUCGCUAUAGACCAACAUUCAACUCCCUCACCAUUGCCUAUGAUCACCCAGUGUCAACUACCAUCACCAGAUGAUUCUCAGACCUGCCAUUCGGCUGCCAGUAUAGGUUCAAUCCAUCUAUCCCGGCCAACACAGCCAUCGACUAUCAAGAUCGUACCUGGCGAUAGACUCUACCUGGCCCACUUCAGAAUCACCAUCGUUAAGGCGUUUCCAGUGCAGCCUACCUAUCUAUGGAGCUUGGUUCUGAAGUGUAAGCCGCUAUACCGCGCCGCACUAGCCCUUGCAGCAGCGAACCUCGCUAAUCUUUAUGGGAGGCAUUCCAACGACGGCACCUGGAUCCCUAUGCCUACGCAUUUCAACAAAGCAACUGUGUUUCUCGAGCAGAGUAAGGCCUCGUUGGAAUCUGGCUCAGCAGCGUCACCGCCAUUGCAGGCUCGUCUGAUUACCAUGUUCUUGAUGGAAUACUAUGAACUAGAGUGUGGUUCCAUCAGUAGCGUAUGGCAGACGCUGUCCGUUCUCGAUACUGCUUUCCUGACGCAACAGGACAUUGUCUUGUCGUUACCUGAAUCAGAUAUUCUCUUCCAAUGGUGGCUGCAUCUUCGAUCCUUCGCCACUUGGCCCCGAGUUCCGUAUCACGUUUGCGUCGCCGAGCAUCCCACAGGAUCACUAAUUAGGAGCUUGGAGACAAGAUUCUUGACAGCUUCCCAAAUGAUCAACAUCGUAGGUACAAAAGCCGAACAUAUAUGGUGGAGAAUCCUAAUUGUUAAAUGUUUUGGCAAUUCUGGCGAGACCACACCUCAAGUGCUGAACACGUUCAAAGACUGGUUUGCAAUCCUGAAAGGGAACCUCGUUGAGCAUGGAGAUCAGACUCCUGUAAUGUUUAUGGAUGAUACCGGAACUCACGACGAGCUCAAGGAGCUCAGAAUAACCCUGUUGAGUUGCGUACCCCCUGAGGAUUUCCAUUCAGAGUUACUGGCGGAGUGUCAAGGCCAGGACACGGACAGUUCAUACGACCUCGAACCUUUGGUCCUUUCUAGUCAUGGUCGGGCAAUGGAGAUGGCUGAAUAUGCAUUUGCGCAGAUACUGUGCGAUUCUGGCCUACUCAGAAGAUUAUUAGAUCCUACAACGAACAACAAGCGACAAUUUCCCAAGCAAGAGUCAAUGGUCGCCGAAAAGCACCAUUCUUGGGCGAGACUGAUAGCGCGUAUUGCGCUCGGCUUGGACUUAUCCAGAUGUGCCAAGGAAAACAACUUCCGGAGAGGCAUACUCCAUUUUUUGUUUUGCGCUGGCCUCAUGAUACCGGGCAGUGUGUCGUAUGACCUGAUUGAGCACAUUGUUAAGGGACUGAUGGAUACGCAUGCUAAAUCAGAGGGGCCGUUUUAUCCCUUGCACGGUUUCAUGCCUUUUAUACAGACUAUUAGACAAGAGUCGAGAAAAGGGCGCACUAUCUUCCUGGCUUGUAUGACGCAUGAUGAGUGGGCGUCCAAGGACAGCUUAUUCUCCACUGCUGCGGGAGCGCACAUGAUAGCAUUUGGCCGUGAGGAUAAUGGCCAAUAUUUCGGCGAUCUAGUACCUAUUGCUGAGGUGCCAACUCUACAACUUUAA